AUGCAAGUUGUUUAUGAUAAGGACGAUGUGAAAAACGUUGCUUAUGGACCUCCAGGGAUGGACCCUAAACUGUGGAAAAUCGAGGUAGUAAAGCAAGACAGUCAAGGUGAUGUCACAGAAGUAAUUAAUGUUGGCGAUGUUAGUGAGGAAAUGGAAAGUGAAAGCCGCAAUCUCAUAGGUGAAGUUGAUUCUGAAUUGAGUUUUGAAAUAACAAAUAAGAAAACAUUGUCCGAAUAUUGUAAUACUAAACUAAAAAAUGAGGUUACGUCAGAGUUAAGUAGUGAUAAACAACUGAAUGUACAAGCUAAUAGUAAAGUUGCAUUAAGCUAUGACAAUGAUGAUUCAAGUGAGAUACACAAAUCAUCUACAAGUUCUUUACUUUUAAAUAAAAAAUUAAGAGCGUACAGCAACAUGUCCAAACGAAACCGUAGUUUGUCUGGCUCUGACACAUCCAAUAAGGACUCGUCGAGUGUCUCCGAUACUAACAGUUGUUUGGAAAAAGAUGUAAACGAUGACGUACGUGACGUCAUUAAAAGAAUAGCCGAACAAUACAAAGUUAUACCAUCCGUAAAAAAUAAAAAAAAACAAAAUGAUGUAACACCGACCAGAUUGAAAAUUAAUGUUAAUCCAUUUAAAAAUAUUGAUCCCAAUAUAUCCGUUUUUGUUGAUAAACUCGUUGCGCCUAUCCUUUUAGUACAUACUAAAAAGAACAAACGUAUCCAACCGAUAUUUGAGAUGAGAGAUGUAUUUUUUAACUCUCAUAUUCAUAUCGUACUCAAAAAUAUGUUAAUUGAACAUCCAAUGAUGGUGCAAAGUGUAUCUUGGAAUACAAUAUUAAGAGGUCACAGCCUUUUCAUGAUAAGUCCUCCCAAUAGUGGGAAAACUUUGGGCUAUUUACCAGCUGUUUGUCGCCUUAUAAGCGAUGUGUACACUGGUAAUGUUGAUAGUGUAGGUCCACUUUGCAUUAUCGUUUGUGCGACAGCAAAGUCCGUUACUAUUGUCGAAGAAAUGGCGAAAAUGUUCCUCGGAUUAGACGAUAAAAUAUUAGCGUCAAAGAAAACGCCAGAUACGGUAAUAUCUUUUAGCGCGUUCCAAGAAUGUGUUCCAUAUUCGAAAGCCGACACAUCUGUUAGUUUCGUCGAAAUUGAAAAUAAAAUAAAUAUGGUAUUCGAGUUUUUACAGGGUAUUGAUGAAUCUAAGAAAACGAAUGGUAAUCCCAAUAGCGUACUAGUAAAUUUGAUAGAUGAAGAGAAAUAUGAAAUAACAAGAGAUAUUUAUCUUUAUUAUCUACCUGAAGAGCUAAAAGAAAUAAAAACGCCUGUAGUGCAGGUCAGAUUAGCCAACGUAGAACCUAAAGACAAAGAUAUUACAUUUUCAAAUCUAGCAGUUGAACAAUUUAAGAAAAUAACUGAUAAUAAUGAUCUAUUCAUCAAAGGACACGUAUCUCUGACACUUGGUAACUGUGUUUUUGUUGACACCUUGGAAGUGUGCCAAGAGUUAACAUCUUUAAAUGAAACUGUUGUGAAAAACAAUUUAAAACAAGAACUCUUAGAGAAUCAUGCUCAACUGAACCCAGAACGUCUUCAGCAACUAAAAAAACUAUGUACCGAAAGCGGUAUAUGCUAUACAGAAAUUGUAAAAGAGCCCGAAAUUCAAAAUCCAGUUAAAAAUCUUCCAAAAGGAUCAUGGGCACAUUUAGAGUCUGGUAUAUUAAGCACAGUAUUUUUAUCUUCUGCUAAAAGUCCUGAUAAGUUCUUUGUGCGUCUCAAUAAAUUUGAAUCUUGUAUGAGCGUUUUACUGCAAGACAUUAAAGAAUAUUCUGAAGCUUAUAUCUCUAAUAACGAGCUCAGUAAAGUAAAAGAGGGUGAUUUGGUUUUAGCUGAAUUCCCCGACGAUUCGACAUACGAACGAGCAAGAAUCGAUGGUAUAAAUGAUGACAAAGCAAAAUGUUUCUUUUUAGAUCAAGGAGACUGGAUAGAAAUACCUAUGGAGCAUAUUAUUCCAAUUACUGAGAAAUUUAUAAACAAACUACCAUUCCAAGCAAUUGAAUGCAGAUUGAUAGGAAUCGAACCGCCCGGUGAAGAGUGGUCGGAUUUCAGUAAAAAUUGGUUUUGCAAUAAUUGUUUCGAAGAUAAAAAUGGUGAUUUGAAGCAUUUGUACAUUAAAUAUUUUACAAAAGAAGCGGCUGAAUUUACUGGUGGGUACAAAUAUGGUGUGGCUUUAAUAGACACAAAUACACCUAACGAUGUCGUUAUAAAUCAACUCAUGAUUGACCUUAAUCUGGCCAAAGAGAAUAUUAAAGAAAGAGAGUACCUUAACAAGUUGCUUCCAGAUGCAAAAGAGUCUGGUCACGAACAGACAUUUGAAGAAGAAAACUCGUAUCUUAAUUUGCAUCCAGAUACAAAUGAGUCUGAUCACGUAGAAACAUUUGAAGAAGUGGAAAACGAAGAUGAUGAUGAAAAGAUGACUAAAAUUAAUCAGGACAGAGUACUCUAUUUCGAACGAUGGGAUGUUAAUUUGGACCAAAGUGUUCUAAGUACUCUAUUUCCAAGAAUAAAUUCUAAUAUCCAAGCCAAAGUAACUCAAGAUACUGAUGAUGACGUCAGCACAGAUGAAAAUCAAGUUAUACCAUUUCGUUCAAGAGAAACUAAUACAGAAGUUAAUAUACAAAUUAAACAAAAUGACCCGCAAGAAUUAGACUCUGAUGAUUUUACUUCGUCAGAGACAUCACAAACAUUUAACGUAUGUAACGAUAAACAAAAUUUGUUAUCAGUUGUAGAACAGAAAAGGCGACCAAAACUGCUAUGGCGUCAGACAAAAAAUGUUGUCUUUGUGAAAAUUGAAUUGAUUGCUGUCAAAGAAUACGAUCUUGAGUUUGACGUUCGAAAUUUGAAAUUUAGUUGUAAUUUAAAUGACGCUACAUAUGAAUUUGAUAUUGAAUUAUACGGCGUGAUCGAUAGAGAUAAAUCUUCUCAUCUGAAAACCGGGUUCAAUAUAAUCGUGAAACUGGUAAAAGUUUUGAAAACGAAAUGGGUGUCGUUGACUAAAUCGUUUGACACAAAAAAUUGGAUUGCAUAUGAUGCAGAUUCUAUUGACACAUCGUCUGAUGAGGAAGAAGUUGAUAGGAGCACUAUGGAAAAUAUAAUAAAGGUGAUGCAUGGGACUGAUGAUGAAUCGGACGAUGAUGAGUUUUUAGACGAUGUUAAUUAUGAAUAUGGCAAACAUAACUAAUUGCAUUUGCAAAGCGCUGUCUAAAUGUUGUGAUGAAAAAUGUUCUAGUCAGAUAUUAAUAAAACUAUAAGUUAAACGACAAGUACAGUUCUAUUUAAACAUUUGUCACACAAACAUACAGAUCACGCUCACACUUGCAAUAAUUUGAAUGGUUUGUGCAUUAUUUAAAAGCAAAACCCCAAAACUAAUCAAGUACGAAAAAUUGUAAUGAAAAGUAAUCUCAUGGGGAAAAAAAUGAGCAACACAUACGCUGAUGUCUCUUUCGAUUGGAUUGAAUUCUAAAUAUUUUUUUAAAGGACCGGCUGAUACCUAAUUAUUAUUUAACUUCGCAAGAAUUGCUGAUCUUUGCCUAUUUAAAAUAGAUUAACAGGUUUUAAAUGUUUCUCAUCUUUUAUAUUGUACAUUUUAAUACUAUUUAAAGAGAUAGAGUGGUAUCGCUGAUGAUAUUCCAAU